GCGGGGGUGGCACCGCGCAUGCGCCGUGCGCGUGUCCCCUGAGGCGGGCGGGCGGCCGGGCCGGGCGGAGGCCGCGGCCGAGCCGGGGGCUCGCGUAGAUGUGCAGCCCGGGGGAGGCGUCCCCUGGGCCGGCCCCGGCCGGGGACCUGCCCCCGGAGUGGGAGACGGAUGACGAGCGCAUGGCCUUCCUGUUCUCGGCCUUCAAGCAGAGCCGCGAGGUGAACAGCACCGAGUGGGACAGCAAGAUGGCUUUCUGGGUCGGGCUGGUGCUGGCCCGCGGCCGGCGGAGGGGCGCGGUGAGGACGUGCCUGAGGGAGCUGCAGAACGGCUUCGAGCGGCGGGGCAGCGUCCCCUUGGGGCUGGGCACCGUCCUCAGGGAGCUGCUGAGACGUGGGAAGCUCCAGAGGGAGUCAGACUUCAUGGCCAGCGUGGACAGCAGCUGGAUCUCGUGGGGCGUGGGGGUUUUCAUCCUGAAGCCCCUCAAGUGGACCCUCUCCAGCGUGCUGGGGGACAGCAAAAUCCCCGAGGAGGACGAGGUCCUGAUCUACGUGGAGCUGCUGCAGGAGAAGGCAGAGGAAGUUUAUCGCCUGUACCACAGCUCUGCCCUCUCUUCCCACCCCGUGGUGGCCCUGUCCGAGCUGCGCUCGCUCUGCGCCGGGCUCUGCCCCGAUGAAAGGACCUUCUACCUGUUGCUGCUGCAGCUGCAGAAGGAGAAGAGGGUCACCAUCCUGGAGCAGAACGGAGAGAAGAUCGUGAAGUUUGCGCGGGGCCUCCACGCCAAGGUGUCCCCGAUGAACGACGUGGACAUCGGCGUUUAUCAGCUGAUGCAGAGCGAGCAGCUGCUGUCACAGAAGGUGGAGUCCCUUUCCCAGGAAGCAGAGAAGUGUAAAGAGGAUGCCAGGAGUGCUUGCAGAGCUGGGAAGAAGCAGCUGGCCCUGAGGUGCCUGAAGGCGAAGCGGAGGACGGAGCGGCGCAUCGAGGAGCUGCACUCCAAGCUGGACGCGGUGCAGGGGAUCCUGGACCGCAUCUACGCCUCCCAGACAGACCAGAUGGUGUUUAAUGCCUACCAGGCUGGAGUGGGAGCUCUGAAGCUUUCCAUGAAGGAUGUGACUGUGGAGAGGGCAGAGAACCUGGUGGAUCAGAUCCAAGAGCUUUGUGACACUCAAGAUGAGGUGGCCCAGACUCUGGCUGGAGUGGGGAUCAAUGGUCUGGCAGAGGUGGACUCUGAGGAGCUGGAGGAGGAGCUGGACAGCCUCCUGCAGGACUCCAGCAAGGAUUCCCUGGAUCUGCCUCCCGCUCCCCAGAGGGUGCUGAGCGCCCCCAUCUCCGAUGCCGAGCUGGAAGCUGAGCUGGAGCGGCUCUCUGUGUCUGAUGGAGAUCUGGCACAGAAGACUCCCUCUGCUUCUUCUGAACCCAAAACAGCUCUGGGACUGAACCUCUGAAGCACCAACAGAAUCCUGUUGCUGCAGUUUGGGAAGUUGUGUCCAUGUUCCUUAACUCAUGACCAGAACUUCCAAGGCGAGGGGGACACCCCCUCUGUCCUUCUGGCUCCGUCCCUGCUCGGCAGCAGGAGCUCCUGCCGUGACAAUCCGCUCUGGACCUGGCCCCAGCUGGUGUUUGUCAUCUCUGUGCCAACAUCUGCACCGGUCCCGACCCGACCGGUGACCCCAGAUCACUGCCACACCCGGCCCUCCCUCCCGGGAGCUACAGCUGCAGUGAGGACAAACUCCUGUGUCCAGGACAGUGCUCGGGUUUGGGUUUGAUUUUGGUUUCUCUCCCUUUGCUGUGGCUGAUGUCGAGGCUGUGAGCAGCAGCAGCGCGGCGCUGGCUCCACCUUUGGCUCUGUGUUGGUUGUUCAGAACAUUUUGGUGCAUCACUCCUGCCCUGGCCGUGCCUGCAGCCACCUCCAGCACCCGGUGCUUGUUUGUGUCCCUCCCUCUGGGUCCUGCACUCGCAGCCAGGCACUGCAACUGCUCGGUUUGGGGAGGUUUUGGUGCUGCUCAGAGAGGGCAAGCACAAGACAAAAAAAAUCCCUCUCUCUGUAUGAAGUGAAGGCCUUAAAAGGGAGACCUGCAAAAGAUUCCCCCGGGGGAGUUGGCCACGCUGCCAUCCAGCCUCUUCCUGCUGGAUCUCCUCCUGAAAUGGGAGCUGGUGGCUGUUUUUGUACCCUCCCUGUCAGCAAAACCUCCUGGGAGCUGCCAGCGAGGGGUUUGGGGUGGGAAGGGAUCCCUUGGGAGAGCACAGCAAUCCCACGGGGCUGUGUGUUCCCAAAAAACCCCAGCCCCAGCCCCUGUGGAUGUUUUUGAUGCACAAAACCCCGAGCACCCCCCCUGCAGCUGCCUCUCCCCACAGCAGCCCAACCCUCCUCUUUUGCAGGUCACUUUUUACCCCUGGCGUGCACAUGGAAGCCCAAAUCCCUGAAAAACAGAGCCUCCAGGGGGGAAUGUGCCCUUCCCUGGCAUUCCUGAGCAUGGCAGGGGAGUGCCUGGCUGCCUGUGGAUGGAGCAGCAGCCCUGUGCCCCUCUCCCUGACCGGGAAUGUGCUCCAGCCCCACUGGGAAUGUAUCCCCACACUACUGGGAAUGUGCUCCAGCCCCACUGGGAAUGUAUCCCCACACUACUGGGAAUGUGCUCCAGCCCCACUGGGAAUGUGCUGCAGCCCCAUUGGGAAUAAUAUAUCCCCACACUACUGGGAAUGUGCUCCAGCCCCACUGGGAAUGUAUCCCCACACUAAUGGGAAUUUAUCCCCACACCAUUGGGAAUGUAUCCCCACACUACUGGGAAUGUAUCCCACACCAUUGGGAAUGUGUUCCAGUCCCACUGGGAAUGUAUCCAACACUAUUGGGAAUUUAUCCCCACACCACUGGGAAUGUGCUCCAGCCCCAUUGGGAAUUUAUCCCCAUGCCAUUGGGAAUUUAUCCCCAUGCCAUUGGGAAUUUAUCCCCACACCACUGGGAAUGUGCUCCAGCCCUUCCACGCUGCCUCUCCAAACUCCAUUCCUCAGUGGCAGUUUGGGAUAAUGGGAACGAGGGCUGGAGUUUCCCCUCCUGGUGAUCAUUUCUUGCCCACUCAGCCCCAGCCCAGGGCCAGGGGUGGCACUGAGGGUGUCCCCAGGGUGGCACUGGGGAUGUCCCCAGGGGCUGUGUCCCCUCUGUGACCCCUCAGCCCAGUGCAGGCUCCUGCCAGGGGGAGGCUGCAGCUCACGGGUCCCCCAUGGAAUGAUGUAAAUGAAGCUCUGUAUUCCUUUCCUCUGGAAGUAAACGGGAGAAAGACCUCGCUGUUUCUGCCUGUGUGUGACAGAAGGGACGGGGAGGGACCCGGGGGGGCCCUGCUGUGCUUUCCCCUGAUCCAGCUGCUGUUCCAGCUGUGCUGGAAUCCAGGGAUAAUCCUGGGCUGCUUUAUCCAAACCCAGACUGAGCUGCUCCAGGAGACUUUAACCUGGAUUUAAAAAGCCCACUAUUAAAUAUUGCUACAUUGAA